AUGGAGAAUGACACAAUUAGAAACAUUCCAACUUCCUCUCCAUCUAAAUUUUCUCACUCUUUGAGUUCUUCACUUCCACCUCUUGCUUCUCAAGUUGUGAUGAGUCCUUGUGCUGCUUGCAAGAUUUUGAGAAGAAGAUGUGCUGACAAAUGUGUUUUGGCACCUUAUUUUCCUCCCACUGAUCCUGCCAAAUUUACCACUGCUCAUCGUGUCUUUGGUGCCAGCAAUAUCAUCAAGUUCUUACAGGAACUUCCGGAGUCUCAACGAGCCGAUGCAGUGAGCAGCAUGGUUUAUGAGGCUAGUGCAAGAAUUAGAGAUCCUGUUUAUGGAUGUGCAGGUGCAAUUUGUCACCUCCAAAAUCAAGUUAAUGAGCUUCAAGCACAAUUAGCAAAGUCACAAGUUGAACUUAUGAACAUGCAAUUGCAACAAUCCAAUCUAUUGGCCAUGAUUUGCAUGGAAAUGAAAGAAACCCCACAAGAAUCUCCACAACAAUCAAUGGACAAUUUCAUUUCAAGUCCUACUUAUAGUAGUGAUUACCAAAACAAUCUCAACUUCUUUGAGGACAACACUAGCCCAAAUUCAUUGUGGGAGCCUCUUUGGACAUGA